UUAAUGAAUAAAGUAGAAUUUAAUAUUCAAAAAUUACUAAUAAAAUAUAGCAAAAUAAACCAAUAGUACCUAAAAGUAGAUUUCCAAAUGACUUUUUUAAUGUUUUGCAUUCUAAUGAAUCUCAAUUAUUUUGAUUUAUAAUCUCUAUUAUUCUAUCUUUUAAAUUAUCAUAUUUAUUGUUUAUAUUCAAUUUUAUAAUAUCUAUACAUCUUAAUAAUAUUCUCUAUAAUUGAGUAUAUAAUUAGUGAUCUAAAUUAUGUUAGGUAUAUGUUUAAUUCAAUAUUUAUGACCUCUAAUAUAUUAUAAUAAAAAUUAGUCAAUUCAUUAUAUUUAAAAUAAAAUAAGACGUCAUUUAUUGAGGAAUAAAAACGACUAACUUUUUUUUUUGUUUCAAUAUUAUUACAAAUGAAGACAAUAAUCCUUGCCUUAGCACUCAUCGUGUUAGCCUCAUCAACAUAAGCUGAUGUCAUUGCAACAAUCAAGAAGAUUGAUUAAUCACCAUUCGGAAGAACAUUGUUCGACACCAUCUGGCUCGAACUCUAAACAGGAGAUCCAUUGGACAGAUUACUCUAAACCUUGACAGAUUUGGAAGACAGAUAUGUUGCUGAAUAAAAGGAAGACGAUGCCAGAAACCACGAAUACUAAGAUGCAUGCACAGUUGUAAGACAUAUACACUUAUACAAUUCUAGGACAUCUCAGCUUUCGAUAAGGAUUUGGCUGAAUCUAACAGAAAGAAGAUUGAAUUAGAAGCUAGAUUAGAAGGAUAAUUAUACCCAUAAAGAGGAAUCUUAUAAGGAUUGGUUGCCUAAAAAUAAGCUGAAGUCAAGGGAUACUAAAAGGAUUUAGAUGAACUCGAUGCUUAAAGAGCUGAAGAAAACGCUGACUUCGAAGAGAAAGUCUUAGAACACUAAGAAGCCACAGCUAUCAUUGCUGAAGCUAGAAGACUCUUCGCUGAUAACAUUGAACACGAAUCCUUCAUCUAAAAAGGAAAAGCCACAAGAUAACCAGUUCACAAAUUCACAAAGGAAGUUGCUAGUAUGAUCUAAAAGCAUUUCACUUAAUCUGCUAAGAAGGCUGCCAAAUUCUAACACAGAAAGGGAUAUAGCAAAUUAUUCAAAGCUUUCGCCACAAUUGCCUCAAAAGUUGAAUAAUUAGCUGAUGCUGGAGCUGUCUCAAAGAUCAUCGAUUUAGCUGAUGAAUUAUUAGCCAAGAUUGCUGAUUCAUUGUCCUUAUUGAGAUUCGCUGAAGAUAAGAGAGUUGAAGCAUACAAGAAAUCCAGAAACUUUGUUGUCAUCUCCCUCACUGUUGCCGGAACUGCACUUGCUAACGCUCAAUCAGAUUUGGCUGCUUUGAAUGAUGUCAUUGCUUAAGUUGAAGCCUCACUUGACACCACCAACUAAAGAAUUGAAAACGUCACUGCUGACAGAACUGACAGAUUCACCUAAUGUGAAGAAGCCGUCUAAGAUUACUAAGAUGCCAGAUCUGCCAGAACCUCUGACAGAGAUGUUGUUUCAUAAACCAUCGGAUUAGUCAACAAGGAAUUAAGAACCUUAAGAGAAUAAUUAGCCUUAAGAUAAUCAGCUGGAGAAGAAAUCUGAUAAUGAUUCAUUUAUCAUAAAAAUUAUUCUAAAUCAACACCAAAU